AUGCUCUGGGACUACAUUGUCGUUGGUGGCGGCUUGGCUGGCUCAGUGGUAUUCAACAGUUUAUUGGAAUUCAAUAAUGCCCUGAAAAUUCUUGUAAUAGAGGCAGGGCCAAAUGUCAACGACAGAGAAGAUAGCUCUGGCCCAACUCGACAAACACGAUUGGGGGUGACUUCGACUGGAACUAUGCCUGCACGAAGGGAGAUUGCAGCCGCAGUAUACUCGUUAGACGGAAUUACUGUACUGACAGAUACCUUGGUUGAAAAGGUGCUCCUGAAGCAGAGCUCAUGCAGCAUCCCGGCUGCACAUGGCGUUCGGCUGACCAAUGGGACGGAGAUACGCGGUCGAGAAUUCAUUCUAUCGGCUGGCGCCAUUCGUACGCCGCAUCUUUCAAUGCUCUCUGGUAUUGGUCCGGUUGACGAACUUGCCAAACGUGAUAUUGACGUUCUCAUUGAGUCACCCGAGGUUGGCAAGAACUUCGCAGACCACACGCUCGCAGCAUUUGUCUGGAAAUAUGGCUGGGGCACUCCUGCUGAUUUCCUUGUAUCUACCACUGUGCCGAAGGAUGGCCUUGCGACAGCCAUUGAAAUCGACGAAGGCGUAGCCCCGGAUCCAGAGCAACAUCCCUUGCUGAAGCAGAACCGGACUUUCAUUGAACAUGUCUACCAAUAUUUUGCCUCAAGCGACGGUUCUGUGGUGGAAUUUGCUGCAACUGGUCUAUUGCCAACAGCGCGCGGCUCCAUCACACUUGCGUCAAAGAACAUCAGUGAUCAACCUGUCAUAGACCCGAAUUAUUUAGGCACAGAAGUCGACCGCUAUGGUUUCCGCAAAGGUUUGCGUCUGCAAAUUGGAUUUGCUGGCAGCAACAAAACAAUCAUCAGCAGGGAAUCCUGA